AUGCUCGACGAUCUUUGCAGCUUUCCUCAGGUUUCGCCGCAUCUGCUAAACACUGUGAAUGCAAAUACUUCCGUAAUAGGAUCGGCGGGACUCCGAUUAAUUUCAAGUGCAAGUUCAGGUGAGGCAAAAAUUGUCCUGCAAUGUGAGGCGAAAUCGCAUAAAUUUGAGACGCGUUCCAUACCUUUACAACCAAAUCAGGAGUGCAAGGUAGGGCGCCUCAUUGCAAAAAGUAAGGCAAGUGAAGGAAAUGCUAUUUUCGACUGCAAGGUUUUGUCACGAAACCACGCUAUGCUUUGGUACACUGCCGAUGGUCGAUUUUGGGUAAAGGAUACAAAGUCGAGUAACGGUACCUUUAUCAACGACAACAAGUUGGGAAAUGAUCCAGCUGAAUUACACUACGGAGAUAUCGUUAAGUUUGGCGUAGAGGUAAUCGAGAACUCACGACAAGAGGUACACGGUUGUAUCAUUGCUCGUGUGACCUUGUUUUUGCCAGACGGAAGAGAAGCCAUUCAUUUGUAAUCUGACCAGCUUCAAUUGACGGGGCCAAACCGUAUUAGUUUUGAUGAGAUUCAACGUCUUAAUUCAUUUCUACAGGAAGCAGCACAGAGAGAAAAAACUCUAAAGGCUAAGCUAAGCAUUUUGCAAGGUGUUCUUGACUCUACCCGGAAAAAUUCUGCUAUGUGUUGGCAGAGUAUGAUAACGGAGGAUCAGUUGCUGCAUAAGAUCAAUUUGCUAGAAAAGAAGUUACAGGUAAUGGAAAAAAAUGUGCCCGAGACAGCUUUGCGUAACGAGAUUGUGAAAUUACUCGAGGACAAGACUACAUAUCAAUUAACCGCUAAAGAGGCUCUAAGAAAAGUAUAUCAGGAGCGCUGCGAUGCCAUGCAAAUGCUAUCCAAAAUGGAAAUGGCUUAUACCACUUCAGAAAACGAGUGCGGAAUACUCCGUGCACAGAUCCUUGGCAUCAAACAGACCAUGCAGGACUUCAAUGUGCGGCUUGAGCAGCUUCAGCAGGAGUAUGUAGAAUAUAAACAGGAAUCUUUGCGCCAACAGCAAAAUUCCAAGGAACAAGAAGAGACUCGAUUUGAGAUGCUUAAGAAUAAGUUGGUAGAACAAGAACAGCAAAAGGAGGACUUAUGUCAGCAGGUCACUCGACUACACCAAACUAUUGCCGAGCAUGACAAUGAGCAGAAGCUACAGGAAAAAAAUGUUCUGGAGCAACUGGAUGCAGUUAUACUAGGCGAUGAUGAGUAUGAUGAUAAUGAAUUGAUCGAUGAGAAUGAUAAUGCAGAGACUUCUCUUAAAAUAAAGGAACUCGAUUAAAAAAAAAUGUGGCUUGCAAAUCAAGCGUGAAUAAAAUUGUUAAAGAACUCGGAUCUUAGCAAGGGGGAAGGCAGUUCCGCUGUUCUAAAAGCUAUUUUUGACGCUGAAGAUGAGGACUUGGAGGAGAAAAAAUUUGUAUGCCAAGAUGAAUUUCAGGCAUCGAAUAUUUUAUUUGAUCUAAGUGAAGGCGUAUUGAUAGAUUCAGCAUCUGCACUAGCGAUGAAUUCACUCACAAUCCACCAAACUAUAUACGGCUCAAUGGUAUUGAUGAAAGUAUAGAAGAUAAAAUUAGCCCUACUGUUACCAAAUUUGCGACUCAAAAUAUCUUAGUAAGCGAAGAGGAAAAAAAUUUGUAUUUCACCUGGGCCUUCCCACGAUCAGGCCCUUGAAAUGCUUCAGGAAGAAUGCGAAGCCUACAAGCAGAAGACAACUCUGCUGACUGGCGAUAUUUGCUUUAUGCAAGAGCAAAUUGAGCAACUAAAAACUCAGCUGGAAAAUGAGAUUAAAAAAAACGCCGACACAGAAUCAACACUGAAAUUGAAAAAUAUUUACAGUCACUCACCUGGUCAAAAUGAAACAGUAUAGAAGGAACUGAACAGAAUUGGUGUGAAGAAAUCAGAGCCAUAAUUAAUCCCCAGGAAGAUAGGGAGGAGGAGCCUCGUAAUUUACAAGGAAAAGCUAGAAGAGUCUGAAACAAAUAAUAUGCAACUUCGCCAAGAAAUUUUACAGCUCCGCCUUAAACAAAUUCCUCAAGGCAACCAAGUGCUAUUGCAUAGAAUCCUGCCAAUUGGCUGUGUAGCUUUUGCUGCACUUAUAUACUUCCUUUCCAAUCGUAUUUAAUCAACACUAUUAUCUAGCACUCUCGAUGUUUAUUUCGAUGCAACAUAAAGGAAAUUAUGUUAAUAAUGUGAUUUAAGAGUGAAGUGCACGCCGGGGUAAAAGAAUUUUAAGUUAUUAUUAUAAAGGGGAUCGUUAAAAUUGAGCUAUACUGAAAUUUUGUUUAAUUUUUCUUUCCAAUUUACUUUGAGCGCAAAAUUAGAAGUCUAACAUUCGAAUUGGCUUAAACAAACAGUAAAUCAUAAGAAAAUAACUUGUUAAAAAUAAAUCAGGUGCAACAAUAACAAUUUUUGGUAUAAUUGGCCUUUUAUAGAUAGACAUCAAUACAACAAUAAUGCAGCGAAUAUAAGAUGUGUAUCUGAAAAAAAUGGUUUUCUCAAUAUUCAAUAACACAUUUUCAGUAAAUAUGUGUUUUGUUUAGAAUUUAUUUGCAGACAUGAUAAAUUAUAACAAAAAAAGGAAAAGAAAAAAAUUUUAGUUUUUUACGAACAAUAAAAAAGGUACAUAAAUAAAAAAAGGGAGUUAAUUCCGUGCACUUUUUUAACAUA